UCAUGAAAUAUUAAUUUAUAUUUAAUUUUCGAUAAUUACCGUUCUGUUUAUAUCAAGUAUUAGAUGGAACAGCCAAUCUUCAUUUUAGAGAGGAGGUGAAGUGACUCAAAGGAGAAAAUUACAGGAAACAUCGAGCUGUUGAAAAAUAAAUAUUUUGUAAGAAUUAGUUACUUCAAAAUGGAGUAAGGUGAAACGCAGUUAUUGUUGUGAAUAUUUAUUAAAAUUUUGUGAAAUGACACAUUGAGAAAAUGGUGUAAACAUAAUGUGAAUGUGCCCUAAUUGAAGAUUACAGAGGAAUUAAAUAUAUUUUACCAAUGAUUUCAAUGAAAAUAUUGUGAUAAAAAAGUAUUCUAUAAAAAGUGCUUUUUACAGUUUUAAUAUGGAUGUAAUUCUCGUUCAAGUUUUAGUAUUUUUUGCGUCAUUAUAUGCUAGAAUUUUAUAUAUUGGAUGUGAAGAAAAUGCAGGACCUUUGGCACAUAAUUUUUACAAGAAAGAAAAACCAGUGAUAGAGUUCAGUAAUUCGUCAAUCAAUGCUUCAAGUGGCGAGGUUGUGUUAAACGCAGGGACUUAUGGUUAUGAGAGACCAUUUCGGCAAGGUGACAGUCUUAAUGUUACAUGUUACAGCAGUCUACCGGCACUUUGGGUUGUUGUGCAAGGGGAGGAAACUCUAGGUCCAAACUUUGCUCAGAAUGAUGAUUUAAAGGAAAUUAUUAUCACAGAAAGAGAAACAGUACAAGGUUAUCGAUAUGAAUCAAAUCUCUACAUUGAAAACAUAAAGUAUGAUUAUACAGGACUUUAUGUCUGUCGACUGGAGAAUGAUCUAAACGUAAAUAACAGUGUCUUCAUUUUUGCAAAAGAUAUGGAGAGACCAUUUACAGAUCGACAUUAUGUAAACAUUCCAAACUACCCAAACCAUCUGACCUUGUAUAUGAGUCAAAGCUUCAUAGUGCCAUGUCAGACAAGUUUUCCUGACAUAAACAUCACAUUUCGCUGUAUUUGUCACGAUCCUAAAGUAUUAGGGCCGGAGCAAGGUGUUGUGUUUGAUCCUAAAGAAGGCGUGAAAAUAGCAUCUGUAGACGGCUCGUUUGAUGGGUUGUAUGUGUGUGAGACGAAAUUAAAUAACAUAACAUAUAACAGAACGUUUACAUUUUUGAUACAUGUAACACCAGAUGUUCCUCCUAUGCCAUAUUUGGUUCCAACUGACGAUAUACAUAAAACAAUCGGAGAGUCGUUUACUUUGUCAUGCAAAGUGAAAGUAAUGACCGGUGUUCGGCCAAUUUUGAAAUGGUCAUACUCUACAUCUGCUAAACAGGAUAUUGCAUUGGAGGAUGAUAAUAAUCGAGUGACAAUCAUGAAACCAUAUAGAACAGACAAUGGUGCCACUGGCCUUGAAGAGUUCCGUGGUGACCUUUCAGUGCGUGGCGUUACGUUAGACGAUCAGGGGAUCUACAAAUGUAUUGCAUGGUUAUCUGAUACAAACAAGGGCAGAGUCGAGACCCAUGUUUAUGUUCAUGAAAAAUCUUUCGUAUAUCUAAUGGCAGCAGAAGAAAAUAUUACUGUCAGAGAGAACGUUGAUCAUAAAGCCGAUUUUUAUAUAAAAGUAAACGCCUAUCCAGAGCCAACAUUCUACUGGAAAAAAGAUGGCAGAAAUAUUACCAAACAGGACACGAAGAUUGAGUCACAGAGUUUGAGUAAAGACGAAAUUUUUUUACGAGUCAAGUAUCCGAAACGGGAGGAUGCUGGAACUUACACCAUCAUGGCCUAUGUGCCGGAUAUGUCUACAUCCCUGGAUGUACAUCUUAUUGUGGAAUAUAUUCCUGAGGUUAAUAUUACAUCAGAUAACAGAGGAUCAGAAUACUACCUGACCGACUUCGAUCACAAAAUCAACUGUUCCGUCAAGUCAGUUCCAUUCCCUACAAGAAUAGACUGGUUUGAACAAACUUGUGAAAGUCCUACAAAUUGUACCAUUCACAAUGAUAAAUGGCAGCCAGUCAAUCUGACAGACUUAACAUCAGCAGUAUAUCCAAAACAAGUCAGUUUUAAAGGUGACGACCAAAAGACAAACAUUAGCCAGUUGAUCGUAAGGGACACUAGUGUAGGAAGUUUCAAGUAUUAUAAAUGUACAGGACAUAAUAAAGUUGGUUCGAAGUCAUUCAGAUUGCCAUAUGUUGCAACAGAUGUGAAAAAUGGCUUUGACACCUGGGCACUUGACAGGUAUCCAGUUGUUGGGGAUGUUGUAAAGUUAUAUUUUAAAGCAAGUGUUUGGAAGUAUUCUAACCUGACCGUCAUGAACCGGACUAAUGCGGCACAAGGUGAUCCUGGUUGGGCAGUGAAUAGAACUAACAUUACUCAUGAAAGGGAGGAGCAUGCAAUAAAAACCAUUGUUACCAUAAGCCCUAUCACCAAGUAUGACAAACAUGAUUUUGUAAGCUUUGCAUAUGAUGUCUUUGGCAAGAAGAUUAAUCGACCAAUAGGAAAAAUAUGGUUGUCAGUUCGAGAUAUUGUGCUUCCUUCAUUUUCUACGGAGCCCUCAAAGACUUUCAUUGAUGAUAAUUCAUUUGCCUACGACUGCGAGGUUGAAGGUCUACCGAAACCAGUGGUUUCCUGGUACAAGGAUUUCGAGAAGUUUGACCCACUGAAUAUGACAGAGGGAUAUGACAUCGUGGAUGAGGGACAGAGGUUGAGAAUAAAUGCAACUGAUGCAAGUUUUAGUGGAAUAUAUACAUGUGUAGCGGAGAAUAGAGGAGGUUUUACAGCCAGAAAUUUCACAUUUAAAUAUGCAAAACCAUCAGACAGGGCACCUGCAUUGGCAUCAUGGGAGACAACUAUUAUUAUUGUAUGUUGUAUCGUAGUUGCUGCCCUUGUUGUGGCCUUAGUUGGGCUGUAUUGUGUAAACAAAAGACGGUCAUUAAACCUUCAUAAAGAGUUAGAACAAUAUUUGGUGCACCAAAAGGGCGAAUACAAUCCUGACCUGCCGAUUGAUGAACAGACAUCAUGUAUUAGUUACGAUGAUAAGUGGGAAUUUCCAAAAGAGAGGCUUCGUUUAGGAAUGGUGUUAGGACAUGGAAAUUUUGGUCGUGUUGUGAAAGCUGAAGCUAUUGGUAUAGUGGAGCAUGUGGACGUGUUAAGUGUGGCUGUUAAAAUGGUUAAAGAUUGUACUGACAGACACCAGAUUAUGACGUUACUAUCAGAACUUAAGAUUCUUAUACAUAUUGGCCAGCAUCUAAAUAUACUGAAUCUGCUAGGAGCUGUUACCAAAAAUAUGGCCAGAGGUGAACUUUAUGUUAUAGUAGAGUACUGCCAUUUUGGAAGUUUACGUGAUUACAUAUUAAAACACAAGCAUGAGUUUCAAGACACCAUGAAUGACGACUAUCUUGACCCAGUGACCCAGAAAAUGAAAGAAGCUGGCGAUCUUGCACCGGAAGAAUCUCCAUUGGCCCCGUCAGCAGACCCAGAAAUACACAAACCGUUGUCGUCUGCAAAGAAACCAUAUUAUAUGAAUAAAGCAGCUCCUGACCACACAGGUGCUGCAGUAGGACCACCUCUCACGAAGAAAAAUAUGAUAUCGUGGUCAUUUCAAGUAGCGAGGGGAAUGGAAUAUCUAGCUUCCAAAAAGUAUAUACACAGAGAUCUGGCUGCCAGAAAUGUGUUGCUGGCAGAAGACAAUGUUGUCAAGAUAUGUGACUUUGGUUUGUCAAAAGACUGCUACAAAUAUGCAAAUGAGGAGUACAGGAAGAAAGGAAGUGGCCCAGAACCAUUGAAGUGGAUGGCAGUAGAGUCUCUCACACACAAAGUAUAUACCACUAAAAGUGAUGUCUGGUCGUAUGGUAUAUUCCUAUGGGAAGUUUUCUCUCUAGGAGGAGUGCCGUAUCCUGGUAUUGACCUGAACAAGAUUACUAGGAUGAUUCAGGACGGGUACCGCAUGGAACAGCCCGCCCAGGCCUCCGAUGAAAUAUACAAUGUGAUGUUGGCUUGUUGGAGGACAGACCCUGAGGAAAGACCAACAUUUACUAAUCUAGUCAAUGACAUGGGCGAUUUCCUAGAAGAUAAUGUAAAACAGUAUUAUUUGGAUCUUGGUUGCAAUUUUGACGGGGAUGAUGAUGCAGGUGCAGAAGGAGCGACAGGUUUUGAGCCUGGAUAUCUAAGUAUGAACUCGAUGGCUAUAGAAGAGCCUACUGAUUAUACAAAGAUGUCAUUAGCCCCGCCCCCACCGACAGAUCCUCCCACAACUGUAGACUUGAUGAAGUCUAGUGAUACUGAUAAGUUAAUUGUGGAUUUAAAGCGAAGUAAGAAAGAGGAGGAUGAGGAAGAGAGAUAUGUGAAUUUUGAUUUAACUAAAAAAAAUGCAGCCAAAGAUAGGUUGAAAAAUAAGCAACAAGACUUAGAGGUUCAGCCUCUUAUUCACAAUGUGGAUGAAAUUCAGACAAGAGAUUCUCCCGGGCGGAGAAAACGUCUUGUAAACGGGUCACCGGUUCGGUUAAAUACACAGGCAGAAGUUCAUGGUAAUGAUGACAGUGAUAGUGGACAUGAAAGUUUCGCUCCUGGCAGUUCGCCAGAUAAAACUGAGGAAAAUGACGGUUAUUUGUCACCAAAGAGUUUGACCAUGCAGGAUGUGCCAAUGUUUGAAGUGAAUGGCAUAACCCCUACAAAGGGGGGAAACUCUAAGAAUGUAGGAAACGGGAAAGCUAGAUUAUUAUCUGAUGGGUAUAAUUUCAACGACUUUCCGCCUCCAGAUUAUAGAGCUGUGAUGGAAUCCACUGAAACCAAUGUCUGAAAGCAAAGGUUGUAUGGCCAGUCAAGGUCAUUUCUUCAUACCAAAAAAAAACUUACAUCGCAGCUGUUCCAUUUUACUCCCUAUGGUAGUUUAAUCUUUUAGAUCAGUUAUUUUGACAAAACGGAAGUGCUACAAUCAGAAGUUGUGCAAUACUUUGAUUUUUAUUGUUAAUAGAAUGGUAAAAUUGCUAAACAGUUUAAAAUAGUUUUAAGUUUAAAAGUUUUUGUUGUGCAUUAUAGGUUAUCAGUUUUAAAAUAAAAUAAGAGAAGAGUUAUGCAUCAAGUUUCAUUAUGAUUAUACAUGUCAAUACUUAACACAUGGUUAACACAGCACCAAAUGCAUAUAAGACAUGCCUGAAUAAGUAGCAUAAUGUGUUCUGCCUAAAUAGGUAGAAAAAUGUGCUAUUUUGGUACAUGUGUUAUGCCUAAAUAAGUUGCAAAAGUGUGCUAUUUUGGCACAAGUGUUUUGCCUAAAUAGGUUGAAAAUGUGCUGUGUUGGCACAUGUGUUAUGCCUAAAAUUGAAAAAUUUUGCUAUUUUCGUAAAGGUGUUUUGCCUAAAUAAGUAGCAAAUUGUGCUAUUUUGGCACACAUAUUGUUAGCUGUCAUAUUUUUAUGAUGUCAUCAUUUCAUCAAUAUUAUUGUAAUGUUAAGUUGUUAAUUUUCAUGUCACAAAAAAUAGGAACCAAAGAAACUUAUGGCUUUUGUUAUUUGUUCAUCAGAUGUUGGUCACAUUAUAUGUAUUGUUCUUUAACAUUUUCAACUGCUGAAUGAAAACUUCAUCAUUUACCUGUAAACAUGUAUUACUAAUGCUACUUACUUUUUUUAUAAGAUCUUUGUGAUAAUUUAGAGGUUGCAAUUUGAUAGAGGUAUGCGUAUAUGAAGUUGCCAUUGUUGGUAGUUCUGUUAAGUUAAAAUAAGUAAAUAAAAGCACACAUUUUCUUUACAAAGGAAUCCCAGAUUAUUCUUUACAAAGGAUGACUGUAUUUUUCUUUACAUAGGAUAACUGCAUUAUUCUUUACAAAGGAUAGCUUUUUUAUUCUUUACAAAGGUUAUCUACAUUAUUCUUUACACUUUGUGUUAUUGCAUUAUUCUUUACAAAGGAUAAAAAGAUCCCUGUGUUCUGUACAAAGGUUAUCUACAUUAUUCUGUUCAAAGUGUUACUGCAUUAUUCUUAAUAAUGGAUAGCUCUCUAUUCUUUACAAAGGAUAGUUGUAUUAGUAUUGAAAAUUGUUUAUUUGGUAUAUGGAGUCAGCUAUAAAUGAAGUGUUUUUGUAUUAAUAUAAUUUAUAUUGUUAUUAAAAUUUGCCCUAAAAAUAAGGCAGGACCUCUGCCUUAAGGCAUGUUUCUUUAGCAUAAUGCAACCUCUAUUGAUCAAAGUAAAAAACAUGUGCCUUUAAACUAGGUCUUACUUUAAUACUCAAAACUAGUCUUCCAAAAUUUGAACAAGUGCCUGUUAUUGCAGUGUUUUAUUAAGAUAGAUUUUUCAGGGAAUUCCUUGUUUUAUUAAGAUAGAUUUUUCAGGGAAUUCCUUUUUUUCUCAAAAUUUCCACUUUUGUGCCUUAAAAAGAUGUUUCAGGGAAUUCCCCUUUUUCUUCAAUUUUUUACUUUUGUGCCUUAUAUUUUUAUAGUGUGAAAAUGUCACAGGUUUCUGUAAUAAUUUUGUUCACUAUAUAUCUUCUAACAUAUGUGAAAUGAAUUUUCCCUACUUUGAAUCUGGAACAGUCCUUUCAAAGUUUUGUAUGAAAAUACAAAAUUGAGCAAUCAACAGUACAGCACAGUUUUGCAGGCUGGCCUGGCUCUAUACUUGUGGCAAAGGCUGAACGUUUUCAGUUUGAGCAGGAUGAAUGAUAUGUAUGUUAUUUUAAUAAAAAGAUCAUUGUAUUGUCCAAGAUCUCAACAGUUUAAAAAGAUCUGUCUGUUUUUAAGUAAGUAAUUGUCAGAAGAUACAAAAGACAAUUUAAGAGUGCAAUCUGAAGUAGAUUUUCUGCAAGAAACGAAAUGACUUGUAGCAGUGGUAAUUUUUCAUCAUUUUUUUUAAAAAAAAUUUUAAUAUCAUGAGGAUACAUUCAUUGUUGCAUGAAUCAUGUGCUUUGAACUCAUUAUAUUUUUGUCCUACUUAAGUGGUUUUUAUUCAUGAAUUCAGAAGUCUGAGAACAUGUCAUCUAUUUAUUUGAUUAAUAUAUCUCCAAAGAAAAUAUUUGGAAUCUUUAUCAUGUAUCUACUAGUUAAUGACCACUACUUAUCGAAGUAGAAACAGUAAAUGGCAUAAUCAUAGAUGUUUAUGUUUUUGAUGCACUUUGGGUGUUAUGUUUUUUUUGUGUGUUUUUUUGGUGUACUUUAUUUUUUUGAGAAAUUGCUAUAGAAACUUGUCCUUGUGCAUGAAACUCGUACAAUAUGUAAGAGAAAUUUCACAAGAAGAAAAAGUUAAGGAGUUAAAGUGACAUUAUGCCAAUCCAAGUGUAAAAGAUCAGUAAACAGGUAAAAAUAAAAAUAACUUAACAAUUUCCCAAUAAUUGUGUUCAAUUUUGUAUUUUGCUAUGAAAAAAUGAUCAAUAAUUCAUUUGACUAACAGAAUUUUCCAUAAAUCUCGUUCAGAAUGUAUAAGUAAUGCUCAACUCUUAAAUAGAGUGAGACAGUCUUAUUAUUACUUAGGUACUUUUUACCUUGUGUGAUACACAUAUUUCAUUAUCAAUUAUUGGUCAAUCACCAUUAUAAUAGCCAACCUUUAGAAAUAUAUUACUAAUUCAACUUAACUUGACCUCAAAAAGUAAGCAUAAUGUCACUUUAAGUUUAUGCAAAAUAUGCAUUUUCUGCCUUAUUUAACACAGUUACAGUCCUUUAACUCAUUGAUUGUGGAAUAUACAUAUAUAAUGCAGUUAUUCCCCUUUGUUUUCAAUUUAAUUGAAAAUAUUAAAUGCAGUUACUGCCCUUGUUUUAAAUUGAUUGUAAUGAUUUGAUGCAAUAAUUGCCCUUUGUUUUUAGCUCACCUGUCACAAAGUGACAGGGUGAGCUUUUGUGAUCGCUUUUCGUCCGGCGUCCGUCCGGCGUCCGUAAACUUUUACUUUAAAUGACAUCUCCUCAUAAACCACUUGGCCAAUUUCAUCCAAACUUCACAGGAAUGUUCCUUUGGUGGUCACCUUUAAAAAUUGUUCAAAGAAUUUAAUUCCAUGCAGAACUCUGGUUGCCAUGGCAACCGAAAGAAAAAACUUUAAAUAUCUUCUUUUAAAAAACCCUAAGAGCUAGAGCUUAGAUAUUUGGCAUGAAACAUCUUCUAGUAAGAGUCUACCAAGUUUGUUCAAAUAAAAGCCCUGGGGUCAAAAUUGGCCCCGCCCCAGGGGGUCAUUGAUUUUCCCUAUAUGCAUAUAGUAAAAACUUACAAAAUCUUCUUUUAAAGAACCCAAAGAGCUAGAGCUAAGAUAUUUAGCUUGAAACAUGUUCUAAUGAAUGUCUACCAAGUUUGUUCAAAUAAAAGCCCUGGGGUCAAAAUUGGCCCCGCCCCAGGGGGUCAUUGAUUUUCCCUAUAUGCAUAUAGUAAAAACUUACAAAAUCUUCUUUUAAAGAACCCAAAGAGCUAGAGCUAAGAUAUUAAGCAUGAAACAUCUUCUAGUUAGUGUCUACCAAGUUUGU